UCAAAUUCAAAUUUAAAUUUAGAGAAAGUGAAACGGAUUGUUCACAGCAAAUCAAUUGCGAAUGUCAACAACAGCAAAAACAAAAAAAAACAAUAGUGAAGUGCUGUUAGAGUCACUAAAACAUAACGUUCCACAUUACGUACCUAAGCUCUGUGAUAUCAGUGUUUUCAAAAGACUGCUCUCAAAACCAAUAAGUAUUCAAUAAUAUUUAAUGAAUUGCUCGAUAAACAAAUUGAAAUGAAAAGGAAACUUUUAGCCAGGAAUCACAAACUGAAUUCGUCAAAAAAGUUUGUUAGUUUGCUCGGACUAUUGUUUUUACUUAUUUGCAAGGCAUCCAGUGACAGGGAUGUUCAAUCAUUUCCCGCGCGAAAAAACCCAAACGUACAACAAACAACAACACCAGCACCGGUGGCUUCUAAGAAUACAGAGGUUCCAGAUAUUCCAGAUGUUGAACCCACGCCAAAACCGCCGCCAGAAGAAAGAACCACACCAGCUCCGGUGACUUCUACGGAUACAGAGGUUCCAGAAAUUCCGGAGAUUCAACCCGCGCUAAGGACGCCAUCAAAAGAAUUAGAAUUUCCUUCGCAGUUGGCUUCUAAAGAUAAGAAGACACCAGGAUUUCGGAUUGUUCAACCAACGGAAAAGUCGCUUCCAGAUGUUGAACCCACGCCAAAACCGCCACCAGAAGAAAUAACCACACCAUCACCGGUGACAUUUACGAAUACAGAGGUUCCAGAUAUACUAGAUGUUGAACCCACGCCAAAACCGCCGCCGGUGACUUCUACGGAUACAGAGGUUCCAAAAAUUCCGGAGGUUCAACCCACGCUAAGGACGCCAUCAAAAGAAUUAGAAUUUCCUUCACAGUUGGCUUCUAAAGAUAAGAAGACACCAGAAUUUCGGAAUGUUCAACCAACAGAAAAGUCGCCUCCAGAUCAAAUAGAACCCAUAUUAACACGUGCAGAGGAGCCAAGGGCGAAUGUACCUCCUGUGUCCAACCAUACAAUAAGAGGCAAAAAUGAACGAGAUGAGGAUGAAAGUCAUAAUGAUUUGAUAUGCAAGGACGGUCUCAUCUUACGAGCUUGGCGUCCCUUGACGGACAUAUCACAAGAAGAACGUAUACUUCGAGGCAUAAUUUACUUUCUUGCAAUGGUUUAUUUAUUUAUUGGUGUGGCCAUUGUAUCGGAUCGCUUUAUGGAGGGUAUUGAGGUGAUCACAUCCAGUGAGAGACGUGUAAAUGUACUCAAUAAAAAUGGCCAGAGAGAAACCAUAACAGUGCAUGUAUGGAAUGAGACUGUAGCUAAUUUGACACUAAUGGCUUUAGGAUCGAGUGCCCCCGAAAUUUUACUUUCCAUAAUCGAAAUGUUUCAGAAGAACUUUGAAGCUGGCGACUUAGGUCCAGGUACGAUCGUCGGCUCGGCAGCAUAUAACUUAUUUGUCAUUAUUGGCAUUUGUAUAGUUGUCAUACCGAAAGGUCAAGUGCGCAGAAUACAACACUUUCGCGUAUUUGUGGUGACAGCUUCUUGGUCGGUAUUUGCCUAUGUGUGGAUGUGUAUUAUAACAAAGUAUGUAACACCGAAUGUUAUCGACAUAUGGGAGGCUUUAGUAACAUUGAUAUCCUUUCCGGUUUUCGUUUAUCAUUCCUACAUCACGGAACGACGUCUCUUCUGUCCGAGAUGUUACAAAAAUGAUGCAAAUCAACGAGGCGUUGCCAUGAGCUCCAUAGAAUCGCCGGAUCGCGAGUCGGAACCAAUACGUUCGAGUAUUAAAGAUUUAAUUGAGACACCAGAAAUGCGUGAAUUCGAGGAACAACGCCGUGAAUACAUCACUAAGCUGAAGGAAUUAUAUCGCAGAUAUCCGCAAUAUGAUUUGGAAAAAAUUCAGGCAAUGGCACAAGAGCACCUAAUACGGGAGAGCACGAAGUCGAGAGCUUUCUAUCGCGUACAUUCGGGACGUCGCCUAACUGGUGCCGGUGGUGUGUUGAGGAAAGCACGUGAUUAUGCAGCUGUGGAAAUUGGUCAAGCAAAGGCCGUAUAUCGCAUGCAAGUGGAAGAGGAGGAGCCAGAUAUUGAUGAUGAGAUUGAGACACGUUUGUAUUUCGAACCCGGUCAUUACACAGUUUUGGAAAGUGUUGGCGAUGUGGAGCUGCAUGUGAUUCGUGCUGGCAGCUUAGCGAAUUUCACCAAAGUCGAAUACUACACCGAAGAUGGCACAGCCGAAGCCGGUUCGGAUUACAUACCCGUAAGUGGUGUACUCGAAUUUCCACCGGGUAUUGAAGAGCAAAUCAUUAAAAUCACUAUUGUUGAUGACGAUGUUUUCGAAGAAGACGAACAUUUUUAUGUGCAUCUCAGGAAACCCAGCGAUGAUGCUGUAAUCAUCACACCCAAAGUAGCGACCGUCAUGAUUUUAGACGAUGAUCAUUGUGGCAUUUUCGAAUUCAAAGAGAAAGAACAUAUCAUACCCGAAAAUGUGGGCAUCUACGAAGUGAAAGUGAAACGUUAUUCGGGCGUACGCUGCAAAAUCGUUCUACCUUAUUACACCAAAGCGAAAACAGCCACAUCGGGCAAGGAAUAUAUGGAUGUGAAAGGAGAACUGAUAUUUGAUAAUGGUGUGUAUGAGCUUUCUAUAGAAAUUGAAAUCAUUGAAGAGCACAGCUUUGAAAAGAAUGUAACCUUCGAGGUGCAUCUUGGUCAACCAAGAGUAUCGGAAGAUGAUGCACUCCUACUUCGAAUACGAGAGGUUCAACAAAAAUCUGACGACGAAAGAACUUUUCGAGAUAAUAUUCUUUUGGCUGGUCUACCGAAAUUAGCAGAAACAACAAAAAUACUGUGUCACAUUGUAGAAAGUGAAGAGUUCAAACAAACGGUUAACAAGCUGGUGCAAACAGCGAAUGCCUCAAAGCUGAUUGGUACCACCUCGUGGAAGGAGCAAUUUUUGGACGCCAUGACAGUUUCAGGUGGUGGAGGGCUUGACGUCGAAGAUGCUGAUGAUGAUAUUGAAUAUGAGGAGGAUGAGGACGACGACGAUACUGGUCCCAGCGGAUGCGAAUAUUUUAUGCAUUUUUUAUCGAUUUUUUGGAAAAUCUGCUUUUCUAUAAUACCACCAGCAAAAAUCUGUAGUGGAUAUCCGUGUUUCUUUAUCUCGAUCAUCCUGAUAGCAAUUUGUACUGCCGUUCUCACGGAUGUUUCAUCGCACUUCGGUUGUACGUUGGGUGUACUGGACUCGGUUACAGCCAUUUGUUUAGUGGCAUUGGGCACCAGUUUACCAGAUACAUUCGCCAGCAAAGUGGCUGCCAUACAUGACAAAACCGCCGACAAUGCUAUUGGUAAUGUCACGGGCAGUAAUGCUGUGAAUGUGUUUCUUGGAAUCGGUAUCGCAUGGUCUAUGGCGGCCAUAUAUCACGCCAUGCACGGUUCUAUAUUUUAUGUGCCUGUGGGAUCUUUGCUCUUUUCAACGGUGCUCUAUCUAUGUGAAGCGGUUAUCGGGUUCGCGAUAAUAGUCUAUCGUCGCAAGCCAUCUAUAGGCGGAGAACUUGGCGGUCCAGUGGGAAUUAAGUGGUUUCAUGGCAUUAUAUUAUUUGCACUUUGGUUUAUUUAUCUAGCGAUUAGCACAAUGGAGGCAUACGGCAUUAUUUCAGGUUUCUAAAAAGGUCGCAUAAAAUUCCAAUAAACAUACAGACAUACUACCAAUAUAA